GAACCUCUCUUCCAUGUAAGGAGAAGGCACAAAACUUCUGAGACUGAACACAAGUCGCCCUUGCUGAUUGAUUAAAACCAUUUCCAACACCCCACUGACACACUUAUCGUCAUCCAUACUCUAUUUGCUUCCUAUUUUUUCAACAUCAUCAAUCAACCACCAUUAUUUUAACAUUUUUACACAUCCUUUAUUCUAAUUUCUAUUUAAUAAUCCAUUAGGUCGCUUUUUCUUCAACGUUACUACUACAGCAUCAACCUACCGUAUUUUUCAAUUUCACAGCUCCAAUACUAAUUAAUUUUCCACAUAAAAAAUAAACAAACUCCGUGCACUCAACUCAACUCUCUUCUUUUAUCUCCCCACCAUGGCGUCACUAACAAGUGUUUACCAAAUCCAAUCAUCAUCCUUUCUUUAUUAUAAAAACAAGAAGCCCCAAUUCUCAAUUUCACAACCAAUUUCCAUUUUCUUCUCACCAAGGACAUCAUUGGAGUUUCGCAGGAUGCCUAGGAAAGAAGGUGUGAUUGUGUUAGCGACGACGGAGGCAGCAGAGAAGUCGAAGAAGAGGCAUCCGGGUGAGUCGAAGGGGUUUGUGGAGGAGAUGAGGUUUGUGGCUAUGAGGUUGCAUACGAGGGACCAGGCUAAGGAAGGUGAAAAAGAGGUUAAACAACCUGAGGAGAGAGCUGUUACCAAGUGGGAACCUACUGUUGAUGGUUACUUGAGGUUCCUUAUUGAUAGCAAGGUUGUUUAUGAUACGCUCGAGAAGAUCGUUCAACAGGCUUCUUAUCCUUAUUAUGCUGAAUUCAAAAAUACUGGACUGGAAAGGUCUGCAAGUUUGGCCAAAGAUUUGGAGUGGUUCAAGGAGCAAGGUUAUACUAUUCCCGAACCUUCAUCUCCUGGUCUUGCUUAUGCACAUUAUCUUACAGAUUUAUCUCAGAAUGACCCCCAAGCCUUCAUUUGCCACUUUUACAACAUCUACUUUGCACAUUCAGCUGGUGGUCGAAUGAUUGGGAAAAAGAUUGCUGAUCAGUUACUUAACAACAAGGCUUUGGAGUUCUAUAAAUGGGAUGGUGACCUUUCCCAGUUGUUGCAGAACGUGAGGGACAAACUGAAUAAAGUUGCUCAAGUAUGUUUCCUGAAAACUCUUGAUUAUUUUGGGGCAAGGAAUGGACUCGUGAAGAGAAGAAUCAUUGUCUGGAAGAAACAGAAAAGUCAUUCAAAUUAUCAGGAGAGAUUCUGCGUCUAAUUCUAUCAUGAUAAUAAGGGCUCAGCUAUCUGUGUAAUUAAUUAUGUGUGUUGAAGUGCAUGGCAGGAGCCAAUGCCAAUAGCAUUGUGUCAUCUUAUGUAUAUAAAAAGUAUGUAUAUGUUUAAUUAAUUUUCAAUUCGCAAAGGAAUAAUAGAACUCAUGUUAAAAUGAAGCAGCAUUUUGUUGAUUAUUGAUAUUUUUCUCAAGUGGUUCUUA